AUGGGUGUGGAGGAUUGGGAAAGCAAAUACAAAGUGCAGGGGAGAAAUCAGCUGAGCGAGUUCCUGGACAAGGAAGAGAAUCAUUGGGCUGAGGACGAUGUUAUUCUCCGCAUGGGGAGAGCUCUCACUGAGCCCUCAGGCAGCUCAAUUUGCCAAAGCACACAGCGCAGUGGCAUCCUACCUGCCACCUACCCAGUGGGCUAUGAUACUAUCGAUCGGCGGCGGAGAAAAAAGAUCCGGGAUCCAGGAGGGCUGGCCUUCUCAGAGGCGGAGAAACUCACAGACGACCCUUUUCCCCCUGACCUUGCACUCCUCCGCCAGAAGAGAGGGGAGCUGGUGCUGCGGCAGGUGGCAGAGAUCGAGGAAGAGGAGGAGCAGAUGACACCAUGCCUCAAGCCAUACAAGAAUGGACUUCUUUACAAGACUAGGAUGUGGGCCAAAAACAAGCUGGGGGACACCUUGGAGAACUAUGUGGCGUAUCAGGAGGAGGAAGCUGCAAGAAUGAGGAAAGGUUUGCCGUACGAUUUAGAGGAGGAGCUGCAGUACUCCAUGGGAUCAGAGGAGGAGCUAGAGGAAAUUGCCUCCUUAGCGGAGGCCAUUCACUCUGAGAAUGGGAGGGGCCAUGGCCAAGGCAGGUAUGCUUCAUCCCAUGGAGGUCACAUAGACAAGUAUCAGAGUUAUCUGGUUAAGAAGAGUGGAAAGGGGAAAAUGGGAGGAUGGGCUCCUGAAGCAAUGCUGUCUCCAGUGGAGGAACCAAGUGACGAGUAUGUAGAUCCCAUGGAUGAGCUCCAGUGCCUAGUGGAAACAGUAUCAGAGUACCUGGCUGAAAAAGAGGAGGAAAUAAGCAAGUAUGGGUCCCUUCCCAAGUCAUCCAAGUCAAGGUUAUCUUCCCAGGGCAGCGUAAGAACAGAAUCUACUGGAGAGGACCCAAGGACCCCUAGGGAUGUCAAGGAAGAGACCCAGACAGAGGAUCCACCUGAACCAGGAAUAUCUGGAGUGAAACAUGCUAUGAGUUCAUUAUUCAGUUCCUUCACAGACAAGGUUAGUUCAUCCCCCAAGCAGCCCAGCUCUGGUUCUGCAGAAACUAAAGAAGUACCACCUGCACCAUCUUCUCAAUCUGGUAUAUCUAAGCUAUUUUCUUUAAUUCCAAAAUCCACCAGCCCUGCUCCUGCUCGUGUAGCUGUUGUAUCUCCUACAGCUCACCCCAACAGAACAUUUUCCUUCAAUUUGCCUUCCCAGUCUGAUGCCAAGACACAAGUCCAGAAUCAAGACACGCCAGCCAUGCGAACAGAGAUAUAUAGUACGAGUGAUAAAGUUCAGGACUCUGCAACAAAGCCACAAACAUCCGCAGUCACUUCAGUUGUUGAGAAAAUUAGUUUUGGUAAAAAACAAUCUGGUGAAGAGGUAGUGAACUCCACAGAGGGAAAACAAUUCCCAGGGAGAAGUGGCUCAAGAGAGGGCUCUCAAAAUCUUGCAAACUGGGAUGAGAAACGUAUCCAGCAAGGUGAACAGUCAAUGGCUGUGGGAGGAGGGAGAGGACUUGAUAAUUCUAGAAAUGUACCCCAAAAUAAACAAUUUGUUAAUACACAAGGAAAAGUUGUGCAUGUGAGACCUGACUCUAUGACUGCCUCUCAGCAAAAUGUGCCUACUUCAGUGGGUGGGAAGUCCAUUAGCCAACCAGAACCAGCAAGUUCAGGGUUCUUUAGCCCUUUCAAGAAAUCGUUCAGCUCAUUGAUUGCACCAGUUAACCCUGUUCCCCCGCAGGGCCCUCCACCUGUUGCAGUGUAUCCUGUAUUUGGGUCAGCACCAGAUAUUACAUCAGAGAAGCCUGUGGAGGAGCCAUCUUUAGGCAGUAAGCUAAAACUUCAGUUUCUCUCCUCUGACUCUUCCCAACAGCCUCCAAAAGCAUCAGGAGGAGGAAUGUUCUCUGGGUUCAUGAAAUUUAAUGAUGUCAGUGCUUCCAAACCCCCAGAAAAUCUCAGUCAGCAACAGGCCCGGAAUCGCCAAUUGCCCCCAGUUCCACAUCAGCAGCAUAUGCAGCAACCUCAAAGGCCACCACCAAUGUCUCUUGGGACGCAGCAAGCUCCUCCUGAACCUCAAGGUUUUUUUACAGGUCUUUUUAAAGGGGCCACUGAGGAUACAUCUAAGGUUGGCUCCAAUCAGCCCCAGCAAGGAGGGCUGUUGUCAGGACUUCUUAAAUUUGGCUCUGGAGGUGACUUAUCUGGGAACCCACCACCACAGCAAGUUCCCCCAAACAGUCAACCUCCUAGUGCCAGUAAUCCUCAACAGUUCCCUCCUCAACCUCCCCCACAACAAAGUGCACCACCUCCUUCUCAGCCUGGGGGUAUUCUCACAGGGUUACUGAGGUUUUCCUCUGCAGAAAACCUUUCACCUAAUGUACAACCUCCCCAGGGCCAACAGCAAGGGGCUUUCCCUAGCAAUCACCCCAGUCAGAAACAAGCACCAAGCCCAUCCCAACAGCCACCCUCUCAACAAGCACCUCCUCAACAAGGAGGUAUUUUCUCUGGGUUGUUUAAAUUGGGUUCCUCUGAUAAUGUUUUGAGCACCCAAACAACUCCACUCCAGCAGCAACAACUGCCUUCUGGUGGUCCUUGUAAUCAGCAGAACGUAAACCAACAGAAUAUACAAGGGCCAAACCGUGGUCCACUGAGGGACCAGGCUUUUCUAGACAACAAAUCAGGCUUCUCUAGACAACACACAGUUCCGAAACCUGCACAACAAGGUGGUCUCCUUUCUGGACUUUUUAAGUUUGCUUCUGCAGACAAUGUAUCUACUAAUCAGUCCCCAAUACCUCAGACACAUUCUGAAGCUCCUCUCAAUCAACCUAGACAGCAGUACCCAAACAGGCAGAAUGUGCCGUUGCAAAACCAAAAUCAACCAACUCAACAGCCUAGUCAACAGGUACAAAGCCAAAAUCGACCAACUCAACAGCCUAGUCAACAGGUACAAAGCCAAAAUCAACCAACUCAACAGCCUAGUCAAUCCACUGGUCUGCUAUCUGGGCUAUUCAAAAAAUCUUCCACAGAAAAUGUGCCUCAGCAGCAGCAGUCGCCACCAAUCAGCCAAGAAAGACAGCAACAUGUAA